AGUAUGCCUAAACCUAACCUUGGACUAAGACCAAACUGCACAUUUUUGUUUUCAUACAUUUUUACGAUAUAGACAUAAUCAUUUAGACUUUGUGGGUGUAAUAUCUAGUGGAAACCCAGUGAGAGGGACGUGAAUCAUCUGGGGUUAACAAGAAUAAUUUAUGUCGAACGAAACAAUCGUAUUUUGUUGUUUAGCAAGCUAGCUGGUAAACUGUAACAACCCUGUGUCACAUACACUCACCCUCUGUAGUAGCUGGGACACGAGUUGCAGAAAUGACAGAGCUACGGCACCGCGGAACGACUGAAAACGACCUAUAUCAACAAUCCGAAGACAAGGGAUCUGAGAAUGAGGGGAAAGCAGAGGGGGUGUCUGAAAGCGAGACCAAGCCUGAUACAGGGCUCCCGGAGGUGCCUGUCCCUGCUGAUGACACCCCUGAGGUUCUCAAUAAAGCCCUAUCUGGACUGUCCUCACGAUGGAAGAACUGGUGGGUGCGAGGGAUCCUGACUCUGGCCAUGAUCUCCUUCUUCUUCAUCAUCAUCUAUCUGGGCCCCAUGGUGCUCAUGCUGAUUGUGCUGUGUGUGCAGAUCAAAUGCUUCCAGGAGAUCAUCCACAUCGGUUACAGUGUGUACCACUCCUACCACCUGCCCUGGUUCAGAACGUUGAGUUGGUACUUCCUGCUCUGUGUAAACUACUUCUUCUACGGAGAGACGGUGACAGACUACUUCUUUAAUCUGGUGCAGAGGGAGGAGCCGCUGCGCAUCCUCAGCAAAUACCACCGCCUCAUCUCCUUCGCUCUGUACCUCACAGGUUUCUGCAUGUUCGUGCUGAGCCUGGUGAAGAAACACUAUCGUCUGCAGUUCUAUAUGUUUGGCUGGACUCAUGUAACUCUGCUGAUCGUAGUGACCCAGUCCCACCUCAUCAUCCACAACCUGUUUGAGGGAAUGAUCUGGUUCAUCGUGCCCAUCUCCUGUGUGAUCUGCAAUGACAUCAUGGCCUACAUGUUUGGCUUCUUCUUUGGACGUACUCCACUCAUUAAGCUGUCUCCUAAGAAGACCUGGGAAGGCUUCAUCGGCGGAUUCUUUUCUACUGUUGUGUUUGGGAUCCUGUUGUCCUAUGUGAUGGCAGGCUACAGCUUCUUUGUGUGUCCAGUGGAGUUCAACAGCGACCAUAACAGUUUUGAGGUGGACUGUGUGCCCUCUGAUCUGUUCCAGCUACAGGACUAUGCCCUGCCGGCCACCCUCGAGUCCCUCACUGGAUGGCCCACAGUGCGCCUCUACCCAUUCCAGAUUCACAGCAUCUCCCUCUCUGCCUUUGCCUCCCUCAUGGGACCCUUCGGAGGCUUCUUUGCCAGCGGCUUCAAGAGGGCCUUUAAGAUCAAGGACUUUGCCAACACCAUCCCCGGUCACGGUGGCAUCAUGGACCGCUUCGACUGCCAGUACCUCAUGGCCACGUUCGUCAAUGUCUACAUCGCCAGCUUCAUCAGGGGCCCUAACCCUGCCAAGGUGGUUCAGCAGCUUUUAGCCCUGCGCUUGGACCAGCAGCUCAACAUCUUCAACUCCUUAAAGAGCCACUUGAUAGAGAGGGGUCUGCUGGAGGAUGUAGCCUAGGGCUCCCACGGCCAGCCCAAGGUCACCCUACUGGGCACACAGAGAGGAGGGCAGCGCCUGGCACCAGAAAGCCCUGGAGGUGUGGAAGAAGAAGUGUGGUGCUCGUAUGAGCAAGAACACAUCUGAGAAAGUAACUCAAUUCUUUGGGUUAUUCAAUUUUCUGUGUGACAGAGGGAGGGAGUGUAUAUAGUAUGAAAGAAAGUGUGUCCUAAACUGUUUUCCUUUGUCAGUGUUUCAGGUUGUAUUUGUGAGUAAAUUUGUCAGCUAUAGUAUCUACAACACAGUGAUGCCACUUGAUCUGUGUACCACAAUGAGGUCAGGUAUACAUGUGUGUGAAUAUUUUAUGGUACAUAUAUUUUAUUUGUGUUUUAAUGCACUGCUCAAAAUAGUCACACUGUAUCGUCCUCUUCAUCUGCCACAAUUUUAUUUGCUUCAUUCAUCGUAAUAAUUGUUUGUAUUUAUAAUUUUUUAUUUUACCUUUUAUUUAACGAGGCAAGUCAGUUAAGAACAAAUUCUUAUUUUCAAUGAUGGCCUAGGAACAGUGGGUUAACUGCCUUGUUCAGGGGCAGAAUGACAGAUUUUUACCUUGUCAGCUCGGGGAUUUGAUCUUGCAACCUUUUGGUUACUAGUCCAAUGCUCUAACCACUAGACUACCCUGCCGCCCCACCUAUUACAUAAUAUGUGUGGUUGAGUUUUUACAUUGAAAUCUUCCAUUGUAUCCCUGUUUUGUAUAGUCAAUGUGAAUUUUACCCGGUAGAGGUUCACUCUGCUAUUGGCACGUCAUGCUGCAUAUCGGUGUGUUUCUGUCUCUGUUACCAUGGAGUGCGUCCCAAAUGGUACCCUAUUUCCUACAUCGUGCACUACUUCUGACCAGAGCCCUAUGUACCCAGGCAUCAUCAAUAAGAUUCAGGCGCGGCUGGUCAGGGGACCGGAAGAUAAUUACAAAUCAUCUGUAGACUGCCAUUUGACCGCAAGAAGCCCAAGCAGAUAUCAUAUUUGACUAAAACAUAAUCAUUUAAAACCUUGCUUACAUUUGUAUAAGAUCACAUAUAUUUCCAAAAUUAAAAUCACUGAUUUGCUGGUGUUUUAAGUCAUAUGCCCCCCCAAAAAAUGUUUUGCCCAUGGGACAAAUUCAGCUAGCGAGCCUCCAGUUGGGGAACCCUGAUGUAGGGAACAGAGUGCCGUUGUAGACACAUGCUUCACCUGUAGCUUCAUUCACACCCAGCCACACCGUUCUAGGAAGUGGACUGUCUAAAUUGGGAGCAAAACACCACUGGAUUUGACAGGAUUAUUGACUAUCAUUAUUGCUACAAAAUGGAGGUUAAGGGUAAAACAUUCCCUAGGAGCAAUAGAAUACAUGUUUGAACAUGUAAAAUGACAAAAGGAAUAGUAUAGGAAUGUAUUUGACAAUAUAUUUCAUUGCCAUGUAAUAUUCUACUACAUAAUGGUCUGCCUUAAUGUUAAACUUAAUGUAAAACUAUUGUGAUCUCCUUUUGGUGUGGGAGUUGGACAUCAGGGUUUCAGCUGUGGUUAUUUAUUUUCCAAUCAAGUUCCGUUAUCAGAGAUGACGAUGUGUGAAGGGUCCUUUCAGUUCACGCUGGAUGACAGCCACCAGAGUUUUAUAUACAGUACCAGUCAAAAGUUUGGACACACUUACUCAUUCAAGGAUUUUUCCUUAAUUUUCCUAUUUUCUAGAUUGUAGAAUAAUAGUGAGGACAUCAAAACUAUGAAAUAACACAUAUGGAAACAUGUAGUAACCCAAAAUUGUUAAGCAAAUUCUUCAAAGUAGCCACCGUUUGCCUUGACAGCUUUGCACACUCUUGGCAUUCUCUCAACCAGCUUCAUGAGGAAUGCUUUUCCAAAAGUCUUGAAGGAGUUCCCACAUGCUGAGCACUUGUUGGCUGCUUUUCCUUCACACUGUGGUCCAACUCAUCCCAAAAAAUUAAGAAAAACCCUGGAAUGAGUAGGUGUGUCCAAACUUUGACUGGUACAGUGUUUAUAUAUAGAUCUCUAUAAAUGCUAUACACUAUAUGCCCUCUUUAUUUCUGGCUCUGACUGCCACUGUUGAGGUUCUCAUAGGAAUGUGAGAUGGGACACCAUCCAUGUUGUUUACAUCAGCUAUUGUAAUGGAUGAAUAGAUAGUUACAAAUGGCCACCAGGCGUUAUCUAUUUUGUUACCUGCCCUGCUGGUAUAAUAUAUGUUUGUAAACGGCUCCUAAGAGGCAGAUUUGUUCAACUGUUCGAGUGUUGCAUAGAAAACACCAGGAUGGUGGGGUGAAGGGAUCAUGCUGUCUGUUCAGUGUCCAAAGCUAUGGGACUGUAGUGAAGGAUACGACUCAAUAUUAGGAAGGUGUUCCUAAUGUUUGGUAUACUCAGUGUAGUGUAUUACUUGAGACUAGAGCACUAUGUGCCCUGGUCAAAAGUAGUGCACUAUAAAGGGAAUAGGGUGCCAUUUAGGAUGCAGCCACGCUCACAGAUAGUUGCCGUCGUUACACAUCCCUGUGGGUUGCGAACAAUCAGUAACGGGAGGCUGCUGAGGGGAGGACGGCUCAUAAUAAGCCAGUAGUAAUACACAAUACCAAAAUCACUGACAAUCUCACAGAUUUUGUUAAGCUACUUUUAAUGCUGUUGAUGUUUUUCCUCUUGUUGCCAUUGUGAGAUCACCACCAAGUGACUUUCAAUUUGUGGUCACAUCCAACAUAAACGGUUAAACUCUUGUCCUUGGUUGAUCUCAGUUUUGUCAUGUUCAUUUACAGGGACCAAUCUAUAGACCAAUCUGAGUGUAAGGAUAUGACAUUGGGGAAACCAGGGCCUCAGAGUAUAAGUGAUCUAGGAUCAGUUUAGCCUUUAAGAGCAUAGUGGAUAUACAUUAUAUGGACAGGGAGGAGCUGAUCCUGGAUCAGCACUCCUACUCUUAGGUGCUUUAUGAAUGUGGCUCCAGAGGGUCAUCUGUAUAUGACUUAGGGAAAUUUGAGGGAUUGAUGUGUUUAAUUAAAGAGAUGGGCCUGUGGUAAACUGUGACUGACCCACAUACAGAUGAUCUCAGCACUCUGCCUGAUCACAUAGGGCCCAAAUCUGAAAUAUUUUACAAACUGUUACCUCUUUCACUCUGCCUAAUCACAUAUAGUACGACCCAAUACUGAUUUACUUUACAAUCGAUCACCUCAAUCAUCCAUUGAUGCCAUACGUCUACUGUAACUCCAGAUUGGGAUCAAAUUGUGUAUGUAAAGAAUCCACUGCCAUUCAUAGACGGAUAAAUGUUCAACGUGGUACAUUAUUGAAAUUAGAUUGUUGGAGUAGCCUAUGUCUUACUUAAUCAAUCCAAAUCAAAUGUUAUUGUUUGCAUACACAUAUUUAGCAGAUGUUUUUGCAGGUGUAGUGAAAUGCUUGAAAUCAAAGGUUCAUGCAACUGGAUCUUGAACAAUAAUUAGCUACACAGAUUUGUAUUUUGCCAGGCAAGUCAGUUAAGAACAAAUUCUUAUUUUCAAUGACAGCCUAGGAACAGUGGGUUAACUGCCUUGUCCAGGGGCAGAACGACAUAUUUUUAACUUGUCAGCUCAGGGAUUUGAUCUUGCAACCUUUUGGUUACAAGUCCAACGCUCUAACCACUAGGCUACCUGCCACCCCAAUAAUGAAAAGAUACCUCAGUUUCUGCCAAUAACAUUUUUAAUGUAGGAUUAAGUAUCAUCGCUAACACAUAUAUUCUGUGAUUCUAUUCUGUAACAGUAAAAGACAAAGCAAUAUGUAGGAUAUGAAAUGUCCAUGCAGGGUCUAAUACUUACAGUGAGGAGAGUUCAUAUGAAAUCUGUUCACUAAAAAGCCAUAGAGGUAUGUUUGGGAUUGGGUGAUCUGCACUGUCUGCACCUCCACUAUCAUCAUCUCUCUGUGCUUCACAUCCUCACCAUCCAUGUCAUGUAGCUCCACUAAGAUGGGGUUUUGUCAAGAUGGAAUACAGCUUUUGUCCAAAUUGACCUCGUAGCAGGUUAGAAGAAUUUACCCAGCAGAUUAGGAUAAAUCAUUUAGCAGGUUAAGGUUAGGAAAAGUGUAGGGUUACGAUUAGCAACAACAACAAAAACCAUUUGGGACAAAAGCUGUAUCUUGUCUAGACAUGACCCUAAUAUGGAAGGCCACAUAAUAGAGUGAAACCUCUAUACAGUCCAAAAACCAUGCAGCUCUACUCUUUGAAAUGCCUACUUCCAUAAGCACAUUUUUCCUAUAUAUUUUUUUGUGAUAAUUAUUUGAGAUCCUGUCAGUCUUUAACUUACCUUGCUUAUUUGUAUUACUAUGUUGACUUGUAUACUCUACUGGUAUUAAACGUACCUUUGAUUUUCAAUCUUAUAUUAUUAUAUCAUACUAAUCUUGCUGUUUUGGAAAUUAUAUUAUCUAUAUAUCCUUCAGUUUUUACAUGACAUAACUCACAGAUUUACUUAGCUAAAGUUCAGAGAAAUAUUCAGGCAAUAUAGGACAUAUUUAAUGUGUUUGUCACUAUUUUAUCUCUUAUUGCUGUGGUAUCAGGUGCAUUAGCUAGUUCUGAAGAUAUUGGCUGAUGUCGGUCUAUGGAAACUAUCUGUGGUAACUUUGUGCUGCAUUCAAGAGAGGGAACCUAUUGUAAUGUAUCAUGCUGUGUAGAUGAUAGAGGCAUUGAUAGAAGUUGUCAGAAGCCAACAAGUGGAAUAUUGGAAACCAACCAGUGAGAAUGGUGGUACAUUUUCCUUGGACUUCAUUGGCGGUAAUAACAGUAUUGUGCCAGUUCCAUGUCAGUAUUAUGGAUAGCUGCCACUUGAGUGUGCUAAAGUUUCAAAUAGAUCAUUUUUGUGUUAUCCUCCUUGGUCUAUUAAAUUGAGCCUCUGCCAGUAUUGCACUUACAUGUAAAAGCAGCAAGAUUAUACCUUCUGCGUCACUGCUGUUCGAUAACAUUCCAUCUCCGAAGGUUAACUUGAAACUUCUUAUGGGGGAAAUGGGGAUCAUUAUUCCUCCUUAGCAAUUUGCUCUUACAGAAAUGAGAAUUUCCCUCACCAAUAGGUUAAUCAUAAUAUUGAGCAGACAUAUUUUCUGCAGAAUAGGCUACCCCUGUGAAAUGUCCUAUUACACAGCUCUAUUUUAAUACGUUAGGAAUCUUAUCAAGUUAUCCAGGACAUUAUGGAAUGUAUGGAUAUCUGCUAUGUUUGGCUGUUCAAGCAUACGCUUCUCCUCUGGGUCUACUCUGGCUGGUUUGCUUUUGCUCUGAUAUAUAUUGAUAUUUUAUGAUUUCUGUUUAUUAUUGUAUAUUGUGCAAUGAUUUGUGUUAAAUUGUAUUUGUUUUAGGAAACAUUUUUGAUAAUGUCAGAAAAUGUGCUUGGUCUUUCAGUAAAUAUCUUGUUCAUAUGUUUGAUGACAAUAAAAGGAAGAAGGUAAA